AUGGCACAGAAUCAGCAAAGGACGGAGGCAGCUAUUAUGCAAAAUCAGCAGAAGACGGACUCCGAGAUGCAGGACAUAAGGAAUCAGAUAGGUCAACUGGCCACCAGAAUGAACCGUUGGGAGUCCCAGAACCAAGGGAAGCUGCCAUCUCAACCGGAGUUGAAUCCGAAGAACGUGAGCGCAAUGACCCUAAGGAGUGGGAAAGAAAUUCAGGGGCCUGAACCUGUGAUUCCUAAGGACAAGGAUGAAGAGAAGAUCGAAAAUGAGCUCGAAAGGGAGGACAGCAAUGGUGCAGAUCCAAAGGUACUUCCUGACCCUAUAAUUACAGUUAAAACUAACCCGCCUCCUUUUCCUAGCAGGUUGGAAAAAUCAAAGAAGCAGGAUAAGGAAAAGGAGAUUUUGGAGGUUUUUCGCAAGGUUGAGAUAAAUAUCCCCCUCUUAGACGCCAUCAAACAAGUACCAAAAUAUGCCAAGUUCCUAAGGGACUUGUGUGUCAACCGAAGGCGAUUGAGGGGAGAUGAACGGGUCAUUGUUGGGGAGAAUGUGUCAGCGGUCCUGCAGAGAAAGCUCCCACCAAAGUGCGGGGACCCAGGUAUGUUUACUAUUCCUUGUAAGAUAGGUAAUACUGUGAUCAGAAGGGCCAUGUUGGAUCUGGGAGCAUCAAUAAAUGUCAUGUCUAAGUCUAUCUAUGCUUCUCUAAAAUUAGGGCCAUUAAAAGAAACUGGAAUAAUCAUUCAAUUAGCUGACCGAACUAAUGCAUAUCCUGAUGGGUUGGUUGAAGAUGUGUUGGUAAAAGUUAAUGAUUUGGUGUUUCCAGCUGAUUUUUAUGUGCUUGAUAUGGAUGAUGAUUACUCCCCUGAUCCCUCACCUCUGUUAUUGGGUAGACCUUUUAUGAGCACAGCACAGACGAAAAUUGAUGUUAAUAAGGGUAUUCUGUCCAUGGAGUUUGAUGGGGAAAUUGUGCAUUUUAAUAUUUUUGAUACUAUGAAGUACCCCUCGAACUCCAACUUUAGCUCAGUUUUUUCUGUGAGUGCUAUUGACCCUGUAGUGCAGGAAGUGUUUGAAACUGAUGGCAGGGAUGAGCUGGAGGUGGCUUUAACCAAGCACCUCGAGUUGGAGACAACUCAUCAGGUGGAGUGGAGUGAGGAUUUAAAAUGCACAAUAGGUGCAUUACACUCGUUGCAGACCACCACGAAAAGGUAUGAAGUUUUACCUAUUUUUACUCCCGAUCCUCACCAGAGGGUAUUGCCAUCUGUGGUGCAGGCACCUGUACUGGAGUUGAAACCUCUACCAGAGCACCUGAAAUAUGCAUAUCUAGGUGAUAAUGAGACGCUCCCGGUGAUUAUCUCAUCGGCACUGUCAAAAAUCCAGGAGGAGAAAUUGAUCCGGGUCCUUCGGGAGCAUAAAGAGGCGAUAGGCUGGACAAUCGCAGACAUUAGGGGAUCAGCCCGACCAUCUGUAUGCACCGGAUUAGGUUAG